CAGUGGGUUUUCAAUCUCAGAAUGUCGUCCACUUACAAUAAGCUACUUAGGGUUUUUAAAAAGAAAUCCAGAAAAAGCCAUGAACAACCAUCUUCUUCUUCUUCUGCACAAGAUGAAAUCCAUUAUCAACAUGGUAUUCCUGGGAUUCCUACUGAUGGUAAAGUUGUUCUGCUCAACAAUUCCAGCAAUGGGGCUCAAAUCUAUCUAAUCGGAACUGUUCAUGGUUCUAAACAGAGUGCUGAAACUGUCAAAAAUGUGAUUGAUUAUGUAAGGCCUGAUGUAGUUGCGGCUGAGCUGUGUGAGAAACGUGUCAUGGCCAUGAAUAAGCAACCUGAUAAUGAUACCUGGUACAAGUUGUUCCGCAAAUCCAUGGUAACUCCAGGUGGACUGUGCAUGAAGAUUUAUAUCUUUUUGGUGAAUUGUCGUAGGCGCAGGAUGCACGGAUAUGGUAUAACUCCUGGCCUGGAGUUCAAGGUUGCCAUCGAAGAAUCUUCUAGAGUGGGAGCAAGUUGUUUCUACAUUGAUCAAGAUAUCAAGGUUACGCAUCAACAGUUAUCUAAAGUACCCUCGUUUGACUUGCUUUGGAAAGCAUAUUGUGAUUCUAAAAUACGCGUUCUUACUGACUUCGCAUAUGGACAAUAUACAAGAUCCUUUGUGCGUGAAAUUGGUGGUAAUCAGAAAAAACGUUGUCCAGAUAUUUUUAAGGUGAUUAUUGAAGAUAGAGACAAGUUUAUGUCUAUACAUCUUAGAAGUUUUCAAGGAAAAGUUGUAGCAGUGGUUGGGAUGGCACACAAGGAUGGAAUUGAACUAUUGUGGAAGCUCGCGGAGGAGGAUGACAAUUAAGAAUUGUCCUUUAAAUCUGAAAUUGAAGGUUAGCCGGUAACUUCGCUUUCAUACUCCUUGAUCUAUUUUUAGGUUGAAUAGUUUGCACUUUGCAAUAUGCUGCGUAUAUCAGCUGAUAGAUACUAGACACAAAUAGACCUCUCUGCUGUCCUUUAGUUUCAGGGUAUACCUUCUUUUUUCUAGUCAGUUUGGUACUUUAGAUAAAUACCAUUGGAAGAUUGGAAGCACUAUAAGAAAACCUAUCCCUCAUGCUUUGUGUUUCAUAUGUCGUCAUUUUCAUCUAUUGGAUACAACAGAGCCAGUGAUCUGACAACUUGAAUUUGUUUAUUCAUUCUUGAUUA